CCCGUUGCCCCGCCUGCGCACUGGCUAUAGCUAGUUACUUCGAUCUGCUCGAUUUUCGAGGCCUUAAUCGGCAGUAUAUAAACCACCUCAGCCUCUACACUCACUGCACCACAACCACAAUUCAACAAUCUCUCCUUCUCUUCAACUUGUGGAGAGCUACUUCCACUCAAUACCCUAAAUUCAUUUUCAGUCUCCAAACUCCAAAGAGGGAAAAUGAGCAGACCAGGAGAUUGGAACUGCAGGACAUGCAACCACCUGAACUUCCAGAGAAGAGAAUCGUGCCAGCGGUGCGGGGAGCCAAGGAGUGGUGGUGACUACGGUGGAGGUUUUGGUGGCAGAGGCUCUUCCUCCUUUGGCUUCACCACCGGCCCCGAUGUUCGCCCCGGUGACUGGUACUGCACCGUUGGAAACUGCGGAGCCCACAACUUCGCCAGCCGCUCCAGCUGUUUCAAGUGCGGUGCCCCCAAGGAGGACUCCUCCGCCGCCCUAUUCGACGCCGACAUGCCCCGAAUCAGACCCUUUGCCUUUGGUGGCGGCGGCACCUCCGCCCGCCCUGGCUGGAAAUCCGGUGACUGGAUAUGCACCAGGUCUGGAUGUAACGAGCAUAACUUCGCGAAUAGAAUGGAGUGCUACCGAUGCAAUGCACCGAGGGACUCUAGUAGUGGCAGGUCUCCCUAUUCAUCGUAGAGUUCCUGGAUCCAUGUGGUUUGCUGUCCAAGGAGAGAAUCGAGAGGCUAUAUCCCUAUUUCCUAGUGAUAGUGACUUUAUUUUUGGUCUCUUGCUUCCAUAUGUUACUUUCUUCAUCUUCUCAUGCGGAUAUUUAUUUUUGCUUUCUUGAUUUUCUUCCAGCUAGGAAGCUUUAGGUGAAUUAUGAUUUUGAGGUUUUGUUGGCGCUGAGUGAUUCUGGUAUGAGACUCAGCAGCUAGCCCAUGUACUUUUUUUAAGUAUCAACAAUUUAAUAUCGGUGUUAAUGUGUUUCGA